AUGUUUUGGCUGAGGACAUUUAAUUAUGUUCCAGACAUAAGACAGGGACGUAUGGCAAAAGGACCACAUCAUAAAAAUAAUCAAUCACCACGACCAAUUCAACAUGUGAGAUUGUAUGAUGAUGCUACACUAAGUAAUAGAUAUGAAUUAAUGGAUAAAUUAGGUGAAGGUAGCUUUGGAACAGUUUUUAGAGUAAAAAAUAAGGAAAAUAAUUUAUUUUAUGCAAUGAAAACAAUCGGGAAAAAACCUGGUAAUAAAUCAAAAGCAACUAGUCUUGAUAAUGAAGUCAAAUUAUUGAAAGAAGUAGAUCAUCCAAAUCUGAUACAUCUUGAAGAAGUAUUAGAAUCAGCUCAAACACUGUAUUUAAUCGUUGAAUUGUGUGAAGGAGGUGAACUGGGUGUGUUUGUGAAGAAAAAUGGUGCAUUACCUGAAGAAACAGUAAAAAAAAUCAUGUCAAAACUCGUUCAUGCACUUUAUUAUUUACAUAAAAUGGAUAUUGUUCAUCGUGAUUUAAAAUUAGAAAAUAUUCUAUUGAAGAAUCCUGUUGAAACAAAAAUGGAUGACUUUGAUAUUAAAGUAACAGAUUUUGGUUUAAGUUCUAAAAAGAGUAUUACAGGAACGGAUACACUCUUCAAUGAAUAUUGUGGAACACCAUUAUAUAUGGCUCCGGAAAUACUCGAAAACAAAAACUAUAGUGCUCUCUGUGAUGUAUGGGCACUUGGGGUUAUUAUGUAUUAUUUAGUAUCGGGACGUCAUCCUUAUCAGGCGAGUGAUGAAAAAAGAUUACUUGAAGUUAUUAAACAAUAUAAACCAAAAUAUGAUGGACCAUUUCAUGAUUUAUCAGAUGAGGGUUUAGAAUUUUUGAAAGGAAUGCUUGUUUAUGAUACUGUACAUAGAAAAACAAUGGGAGAAUUAACUGUACAUCCUUGGCUGACCGGACGUUCUGGUGGUCGUCCAAAUAAAGACAUUAUUACAUUAAUGAAAGAAUUUCAAGAAGAAAAUGAACGUAAACAACGUACGACUGCAGAGAAUCAAGAUUCAUCAAAUUCUCAACCAUCUGAUACGAGUACAAAUCAUUCUUUACCAUUACUUGGUAAUAAUGAAUCAUCAAUAAUUUAUGAAAUACCCGAUACUAUUGUUGUUAAUACAGUUGUACCAACCAUUUCAAGUUUAAUACCAUCAAAUACACGAAAUCCAUUAGUCACACAAUCAUCUCAACAAAUUCAUCAAAUUACUGACAAAACAAAAUUAUAUGUUCGAACAAAUAAAAUAAUUGAAAAUAUCAAAGGUGCAAGUCGACGAACAAAUCCAUCAACUGAUACAAGCAAUGUUUUACCGAUGAAUUCAAAAAGUAGAUCAAAUAAUAUGACAAUAGAACAAUCUGCUGAUUAUCCACCCUCACGUCGUACCACGGCUCCCGUUAUCAAAAUUCGUACCGAUUUUAAUCGUUCUCAUUCUCAAGCCGAUUUACUCUCACAUAAACAACGAAUAACUAAUGCUUCAUCAGCCAAUUCUAUACCACACUCAUUAUCUUCACAAAAUGGUGUCAAACACGUCCACUCUUCAACAUUGAGUCAUAAUAACAAUAACUCAUCAUUACCUUCUAUAUCGAACAAUCAUCGUCAUCAUAAUAAUACAAUCUCAAAAAUUAUUUCUUGUACCGUUCCAUCCUAUGAUCAUCAUCAACGAAACGAAACAAAAACAAACGGUCUACUCGACAAACGAAAUAACCAGAGAGACAAUGAUAAUUGA